CAACUAUCUCCCCUCCAUCAGCGCCGCCAUCGGGGGCGAGACCCCCCAGCGCUACGUCUGGCGCCUCUGCAUCGGCCUCCACUCGGCUCCUCGCUUCCUGGUGGCCAUCGCCUACUGGAACCACUACCAGAGCUGCCACUGCUCCCACCCCCGCUACCUGCGCUUGUGUCACUUCAACCUGCUCCUCAACCUGCUGGAAAACUUCGCCCUCCUCAUCCUGACCUACGUGUCCUCGUCGGAAAACUAUGGUCCAUCAAGAUGUUACAGGUACCGCUGCCCCUGGACCGGGAUGGGAUUCUCUUCCGGCUCCGCUUUACCACGCUGGCCGUUGGGACUGUGUUUUGUCCACUCUUUGGUUUCCUUUUCUGUGUGAUCUGGUCCCUCCUGUUCCACUUCCAGGAGACGACGGCCACCCACUGCGGGGUCCCCAACUAUCUCCCCUCCAUCAGCGCCGCCAUCGGGGGCGAGACCCCCCAGCGCUACGUCUGGCGCCUCUGCAUCGGCCUCCACUCGGCUCCUCGCUUCCUGGUGGCCAUCGCCUACUGGAACCACUACCAGAGCUGCCACUGCUCCCACCCCCGCUACCUGCGCUUGUGUCACUUCAACCUGCUCCUCAACCUGCUGGAAAACUUCGCCCUCCUCAUCCUGACCUACGUGUCCUCGUCGGAAAACUAUGCAAUCCACGAAAAUGCCUUCAUCGUCUUCAUCACGUCGGCCCUGGGCCACAUGCUCCUGACCUGCAUCCUCUGGAGAAUGACGAAGAAACACACAGUAAGUCCCGAGGAGCGCAAGUCCUACAAGUGGAAGCAGCUGCUCUUCUUCUUCACCUUCAUCACCUUUGCGUUUGCCGUGUGCGUCUACUUCCACCACAACUGGUACUGUGGCCCCGGAGUGUACACCAUCUUCGCCUUCCUGGAGUACCUGGUCGUCCUCUCCAACAUGGCCUUCCACAUGACUGCCUUCUGGGACUUCGGCAACAAGGAGCUGGUGGUGAGCUCUCUGCUGGAGGACAAGCACUUCUAAGCCGGCGUGGGGGCGGUGCCAGGCGGGGGCUGCCCUUCCCUUGGGGGGGAGGCAGAGAAGCCCCUUCCCCCUCCUUUUGGCCCAGGGCCGGGACCAGGGCGUUUGCCACGGAGCUGCCACAAGGAUCCUCCUGGAGUCUUG